AUGGCCGCCGAUACCAUACUCCUGAGCUCGUCUCCCGCGACUGGUGCUAGCAUGAUCGACACUCGACUAGGGCCGAACUCGGGGCAGUCGCCUCUCCACGAGACUAUAUGGAUAGAAGAGAUUGCCGAUAUAUCUGUCACCUCAAUUGAGAUCUCGGCCCUGGACCAAAGCACCCCAGAACGGCGGCCGGGAUCAUCCAAGCUAGACCAGGUAGACGUUUCCAAAACCUCAAGAUCAAACAAAGCGAAGCAGAAGGCGCUGGAUCAGAGCCAGAAACCUGGUGGCCCAGAAAACGCGCCGCCCUCCCAAUCCCACCAGCUCGACGCGGACCCCGACGCACCCUUCAAUAUACCGGCGGCCAUGACCAGGAGAGUCCAGUGGACACCACCGCCCAAGGACACGGUACGCGAGCUUGGUUCUCAUGCAGAGGCCCCGGCCAAGUCACCGACGAGAAAAGCGCCCAAGAAGAAAGCGAGAACUAUUACCGAGCUUGCGACAGCCGCAUAUAUGCCCAAAGAGGACGUGGUUGAGGUGGAGGACGUCGAAGCCCCUCCCGCAGGGGAGGCAGCAACGAAAGUAAAGCCUCGCGGAAAGGGGGCCGCGGCAACAAAACCAAAAGCGGCAGCGCCCAAGCGCAAGAGCCGGGCGAAGAAGAAGCAGGUGCCGGAUAUCAUACUCUUAUCUCCCGGCGCGGCGCUUCAGCACGUAGCCGACCAACAAUUCGUCUUUGGCACGACGAGCCAGCUGGCUCGCGACCCGAACGAUGCGCGUGGCAGCAACAGCAACAGUCUUCCGAGGCUCAGGCGCGUAUCGCUGACGGAUGACGAAUAUGUGACGCCAAUCAACAGCGAUGCCAUUGAGCCUCCCGAGGCCGGCCGGCCACGGCUCUGGAAUGCGGCGGCGCGCGAUGUCGACGGCGAGCUGCUUCAUACGGAAAUCAUUGAUCUUAUCGAUUCGCCAUUGGCUAGCUCGACAGCUAACGAUAUCGACCCAUUUGGUUACGUUAAUCUCGAUGCGAGGACCCCUCAGCCCGGUCUCAACUCGGCGGGUUUCCAAGUCCAAUCUUCACAACAAGCGACAACAAGCAUGGCGUCAUCAUCCCGUGUCGUAAGAGCCUCUGGCGAUAAAGCCAGUGGGUCCCCGCCCAGUUCUCAAAAACGACUGCCGCGGUUUUACGAGCUAGAAGGGGCAUCUGCCGACACCGCGCUUGCGAUGUCGAAUCCCUACGCCGCAUCGUCCCCCACCAAGGCACCGGAGCCCGCGGCCCCCAAAUGCCCCAACUUUGAGCUACUCACCGACGUCCAACUCGCGCGACAGGUGGCGGGCUACGGGUUCAAGCCAAUCAAGAAGCGCGUGGGCAUGAUUAGCCUGCUGACGCAGUGCUGGGAAAGCAAGCAUCAGCCACAGUUGGAUCUGGGUGCGAGGACCCUCUCGACAGCCCCAUCGGCUGCGACGGCGACGACGGCGAUAUCAACGGGAACGGGAACCGACGGCGGCUCGGUUGAGGCGUCGGCAGCCCCGGAUGAUUCUUUGUCCAUGCCGCCGCCGCCGCCAAAGGUGACGGAACCGGUGAAACGACCUCGAGGGCGACCGCGGAAGAACAUGGUGCCCGUCCUCAACUCAGAUGACAGCGACGAUGGACCAGUUUCUUCGCAAAUACCAGAGCCGUCAGCAACGGCUUCGGCCUCUAAAUCCAAAGUGACCACGGCCACCACGGCAGCGGCGUCGGCGGCGAAGCAGACCAAGGCGGCCAAGGGCAAGCAGCCAGCAACACCGCCCAAGAAGAAGGCGCCAACUGUGUUGGAGAUUCCAGACUCGGAUUCGGACAUGGUAUCUUCGCCAGAGCGCAUAUUUUCCUCGCCAGCGGCGGCGGCGGCGUACGACGUCUCUCUACCGACGGAAGACGACUCUCACUUAUCGCUGGCGACGUCGCCAACGGAGCAAGAGGCGGCGCUGUUUAGGCACAUUACGCAGGCGGUGACGACGGCGGAGCGGACGCAGGAUCCGCAAAAUCCGUCGUGGCACGAAAAGAUUCUCAUGUACGAGCCCAUUAUUCUGGAGGACCUGGCGGCGUGGCUCAACACGGGGCCGCUUUCGCGGGUGGGGUGCGACGCCGAGGUGUCGCCUGCCGAGGUGAAGCGGUGGUGCGAGAGCAAGAGCGUUUCCUUUCCCACCCGCUCCCCUCCGUCGCAUCCCAUGUACACCACAAUGUCCAAAGCCCAGGCCAAGAAGCCCGUCCCGGAGCCCAGCCCUAGCUCCAGGAAACAGCGUCAUCCUCGUCUCCCCACCAACCAGAUCCUCCUCCUCCACCGCGUGCGAACCUCCACCUCCUUCGCGUCCGCCCACGUCUUCCCCGGCGGUAACCUCGACGACCUACACGACGGAGCCGUAGCCUCGCCGCAGGACCCCGCCGCCCGCCACGCCGAUGGCCCCGCGUACCGCCUCGCUGCCGUGCGGGAGUGCUUCGAGGAGAGCGGGAUUCUCCUCGCGCGCGGACCGCACGGGAGGCUCGUGGACGUGGACCCGGCCGUGAGGGAUGAGGGCAGGCGAAAGGUGCAUAGGGGCGAGGUCAAGUUUGGGGACUGGCUGAAGAGCGUGGGCGCUACUGCCGACGUUGGUAUCAGGUGGCCUCAUCCCCUUCACCCGCUGGAUCACCCCUCCCCCACCCCCAAACGCUUCACCACCCAAAUGUACCUCUACUUCCUCCCCGUCGACUCCGACCUCACCUCCUCCUCUAGCUCUUCCUCUUCUUCCUCCUCCUCCUCCUCUGAAAGCUCCCCCAUGAUCGUCCCCACCCCGGACGGCGGCGUCGAACACACCUCCGCCGAAUUCGCGCCCCCUCACCUGGCUCCGCCGCCACCACGACCGCGCCGUCAGCAUGUUUCCCCCAAUACUUCCUCCUCACCAUCCUCGCCCGCUUCUUCCCCCGCGACUCCCCGCCCAGCUCGCCGACCCAGCUACCCUCCUCGCCGAGCGCCGCGCCCUCCUCGACUUCAUCUCCCGCACCCCCGCCACCUUCUUCCCGCCUUCCUCCUCUUCUCCGUCGCCCCCGCUCACCACCCCACCGCCGCUAUCCCCUGGGCUGAAAAGAUCAUCAGCCCCAAGGUCCUCAAGGUCCGCGACGACGGCUACGUCGUUCUCGGCCUACACAGCCCCGGCGCCGAGGUCGAGGCCAUUCAGGAUAAUGCCUCCGGCAGCCCCGCCACCCCGCGCGGAGGCCUGCACGACGCCGCUGUCGUCGUCAACCUCAAAGUCAAGGGCGGGCCGUGGAACCUUGGCGUCUUUUCCCGCCAAGAUGCCCUGCGCUCCGAUGAUCUUGGCGUUGCAGGUGCCUCUGCCAAGGGUGGGAAGCUUUGA